AUGGAUCGUAUCAGGAGAGAUUUCUUGUGGUCCGGGCAGGAUAUUGAGAAGCCGAAAUAUAGGCUGAUCCAGGACAGGUUGAGGACUGCUCGUCAGGAUGAGAGGGAUAGAAAAUACUGGUCGUUAACUGGAAAUAAGCUGUUCUCAGUGAAAUCUCUCUAUAACUUCCUUAAUGACGGUGGCCUGUGUUGUGAGAUGGCGAAAUGUUUUUGGAAAAACAACUGCCCUAAGAAAAUCAACAUCUUUAAUUGGAUGGUCUGGAAGAAUAAGAUCUUGUCGCUAGAAAAUCUGGCAACUAGGAGAUGUAACUCGCUGCCUACAACUACGUGUGUGAUGUGUCAUGCAGGUGUGGAGUCGGUUGACCAUUUAUUCCUUCAAUGUCUAGUUGUUCUGGAUGUUUGGGGAUGUUUCAAUAGGUCACUGUCCUUGCCUGGUCCUCCAACCUCGAUGUGCAACCUUUGGCUAUCUUGGAGAACCACGGUUCGACUUGCCGAUAGAAUUUGGGUGGAUUUAGUGGUCAAGGUAUUAGUGUGGAAUUUAUGGCUUGCUCGGAAUGAUAGAAUUUUUAAUGCUAAAAUUCUGCCUGUACACUGCAUUGUUCUAUAUAUUAAUCGUAUGCUUCUCUUGUGGUUCGAUGCUCUUGCAGAUUUGGUCAAGGUGAAGAUUGAAGAUACUAUUGCCUCUGUCCGUCGUAGUCUUGAGUUCGUGGGUCAGAGGAGUCUGCAGGAAUUGGGUGACACUGCGGCCGAGGAGGCACCUGGCUCUACCACGGAGUAG